CUAAAGGAGACUCAAAAAUUAUGAUGGCGAAGUUGCAAGCAGAUCCAUUGUCUCUAAUGAGUUACCCUCAAUUUGAAAUGGCGCUAUGUCAUUAGACAGACUAGGAAGUGAGUGUGAUAUUUCGUGAUGUGUGAUGAACAACGUUCAGUGUUAUCCCGCGAACCAUGCAUGAACUGUGCCAGCUCCAGUGUUCCAGGAUCCUACGAGGGAGGCGACUGAAGACUAUUUUAAUUCAAAUUUCAAACUGUUUAGCUAUUUAAGUUUGACUUAACAAAACAAAUGGCACCGUGUUAUUUGUCGGCGAUCAAAGGAUGUGAUGUGAGCCAAUCGAAAUAUCUUUGAUGACCUAUCCAAUUUUAAGUUCAUCCGUUUCCGAAGAUUUCCCAAUAACAUUUGACUGUCAGAGGUAUUAACUGGUCUUCAGAGCUGCCUAACGAGUCCAGAAAAAAUCUCACAUCAGAAAAAUACUCGCAUCUACAGAUGUUCGAGAGAGAUAAAUUUUGCAACGUAAAAUCGGCAUAUUGGUUAUCGCGUCCGUUGAAUUAAUCAGCUGGCGGACUCACUUAGUUUUCAAUAGCACUGUAACUUUGGAACAAGGAGGCAAAUAUCAAUAGAGGCUCCGAAGAAACCAUUGAAGACUCUACGUGGUGAAUAUUUAUAAGGUUUAAACUGACAAGAAGAACAGUCUUCAUUUGGCAACCACUUGUCAGUUGGUAAGAGGUCUUUUUCGGGCGAAGAAGACAGCCGUUGUACCAGAGAUCAACCCUGACACUGUCAGCCUUCUAGAAACAAGCAACGUCAUGCACGCGAAUUCAGCAAGUAACCACUCUUCGUUUUCGAACAUAUUUCAGCCAGCCAACGACUCUGGGAAAAAUUCCACGGCUCAAAUUUUCUCAAUUCCAAGUGAUUUUGAAAUCAUUGCCCAGGUAGUCAUCCUGAUUGUUGUCCUCGUCGUGUCAGUCGGCGGUAAUGGCCUGGUGUGUUACCUUGUGUUCACCGUCAAACAGCUCCAAGUACCAACAAACUAUUUCAUCCUUUCUCUUGCACUGGCUGACUUUCUGUUCGCAUUGGUGUGCUUGCCUUUCCGCAUUGUAAACGUGCUGGAGUACUAUCUCUGGACUCUCGGCCUGGCGGCUUGUAGAUUCUGGGUCUGGCUAGAUUUGUUAUUCUGCUCUGCUUCAAUCGCAAACUUAGCGGCCAUCAGUGUCGACCGCUAUUUAAAGAUCGCUUCCCCCUUAACGUACGACAUCCGAAUGACAUCAACCCGUGUCGCUGUUAUCUUGAUAAUACUAUGGGGAUAUUCCAUGUCUUUGGCGUCGCUAUCAUUUGUGUCCGGCGACUCUUCGGGAAUUUUAGUGCGGAAUCAAAUAUGCUAUAUCGACAACAAGAUCUACCUGACAGCAAUUUCCGUCAUCGGGUUCUUUGCGCCCUUCACCAUCAUGAUUCUUAUGUACUGCUUUGUUUUUAAAGUUGCAGUUAACCAAGCAACUGAGGUGUUCCGUCUUCAAGAGUCGCUAUGCAACGGAAGUGAACGGAACUCACGAAGAAAAUCCAGCCGCUUUUCAGCCGGGACGAUAUUCUUUGAGGUGAAGGCGACAAAAACUUUGAUUAUACUUUUGAGCGUAUUUUGCAUUUGCUGGUCACCGUUUUUUGUGCUCACUUUGCUUAGUCUGUACAGUCCUGAGGCAUUUAAAGGGCUGCCUGUAGAGUUUAUUAAUUUUCUGAAGAUCACUUUCGUCCAUCUCUUUCCAAACUGCAACGCGGCAUUCAAUCCGAUCAUAUAUACCACGUACAACCACCAGUUUCGUAAAGCCAUCCAAAGGUUAUUAAAGCGAUAUAAGGCAGAUCGGAGUGGGAGUUUCAACUCCUUUUCUGAACCGGCGUCAGAAAUCAAGAGAAGAAUUGGCUCAGCCGUUUGGACAAAAGCCCCGCACACAGCAACAGUGUGGUUCUCAACUGGCGAAGAAAGCAUUCUUCAGAAUUUGACAGAGUCUUAACUAGAGGCCAUAAUCUCAGCUCCAGAGCAAUAUACCAUAUGAGGACGGGCUAGAGGAUUAUUUCCCAAUAGCCUGAGGGAAAAAAAUAAUCCCUCUUUUUCAUUUUGUUUUUGUAUCAAUAUGGGUUUAUGCUAAAUAUGUAUAAAUUUUUAGGAAUCUUAAGUAUUGCAUGGAUAAUUGUUUUUGGUCUCGUGUUAUCAGGCGUUACCCUCUUUGAAACGCAUCAAAGACCUUAUCAAACAGCUUAUCCUUUUGGAGUUGCUAAAAGCUUGCAACUGAGAAGAUUGUGAAAUGUGGAUAAUAAAGCCCGCAGCGUGGAAGCUUCAAUGCGUUGGGACCGGAAUUCACUAAAUUCACUAUUUACAUCUUGAGAUUAAAAAAAAAAAAGUCGGUUGAUGUUGAGAGCUUAAGAUAAUAAUAGUUUCCACUUAUGUUUACAGCUGUACGGAUUCCAUGAAGAUGGCAAAAAAUGAGUUUAUGUCUCUGACUUUAUCAUAGUUAAAAAAAAAAAAAUGAUAAUGAAGGACUGCAUUAUUUUGAUAUCAGAUACGCGUAAUGCCAACCGUGAAGCAAAGGAAAUCUUCGCCAUAUCAGAAUUCAAAUGAUUAUCAAAUGCACGAGCAUGUAUUAAGCUUCAUGAUGCGAGACCGUCCAUCAACCACUUUCGAGAAAACCUCUCAAUAAGCAAGCUAACAAAAAAUGUAAAUAUUUUUUAAUCUCGUGGUGAUAGGAUCCAGAGGUUUCCGCUAGUUCGACGCUUGCCAACUUUGGUGAACGGUUUCGCUUAUUAAAAAAUAAAAUCGAUCCCGUGAUGUUGUUUAAUAUAAAACCAUUAACUUUCUGAAUCAUUUAUUUAGUUCUUGUCUCCAGUACAUGCCAUUUCUGCAGUAGUUUGUACUUUAUACACUGGCCUCAGUUUUAAGACUUCCUGAGCGUCCUUUCGGAAACGUUUUUUCUGUCUUCAGAUUGAUGUUUCUAAGACAACCGAACAUAAACUCGAGUGUAAUUUGGAUAGCAAAACGCAAAUAGACCAAAAUAACGCGUAGACAAGAUCAGAGAAAAAGAUGAAAGCAUUCUAAAAUAAAGUUCUUAAAAAGGGGCAAAUGAAGAGAUUGUCGGCAUAAAUUAGAUAGCUUGAUCUCUUUCAGUGAGAAUUAAUGUAGGUUCUUGCUCUGAUCAGUUUUUGAUUCGCGAUAACAGAAGGUUAUUCCGACUUCAAAUUGUAUUUUUACUCAAAUUUACCCGAAAGAAAAUUUUUUCCAAGACUUAUUCCGAGCCUUUUUUGGAUGAUCAAUUUUUUGAACCUUAAAAGCUGAAAAAAGAUGAGCGCUUGAUAUUUGUUGUAGUAUUCUUUAUUUGGUUAAGGUGCAUAUAAUUACAGCCAGACUGCAGUCUUCUUUGUGGAUUGUAAAUGUUCAUGAUCCUUAUUGGCUUGAGAAAUAAGCUGUUAAGAAGUUUUAUUGCUCGAGUAAGAAGAUAAACACGAUAAAGGGUAAAAGGAUGAAAUAAGCUUAUUUCCUCCGCAAAACAAAUCUUGGCAGUUUGGACAAUUUAAGAUAAAGAAAGGUGACAGAGUCAUAAGCUGACUUAAUUCUUUGAGAAAAAAUAAAAAUCUGUGUUAAGUGGUUGCCAUUUCUUUAAAAGUUCCGACUA